AUGUUUGCAUCAAUUGGCAAAGGACAAGUGAAGCUUAUGAGAGUUAAAGCAAGAGCGAUUUAUAAAGAAAAUAAACAUAAUAUGAGACUGAUACCAACUGGAGGAGGGUGAGGGUUAUUUGGCCUGAAUACAGUUCAGCCAGGGAUAAAAACAGUCGUACUGACCGAAGGAGAAUAUGAUGCUAUGGCUGUUUAUCAAGCUACAGGUCUUGCAGCUGUUUCACUGCCUAAUGGGGCUUCUCAUCUCCCUCUACAAAUGCUUCCAUGGUUUGAACAAUUUCAAAAAAUUUACUUAUGGCUAGACGACGACUUAGCAGGCAGAGAAGCCGCAGCUAAAUUUGCUAGAAAACUUGGAAUAAAGCGCAGCUUUAUAGUUUCAACUAAAAGUUUUAGCGGGGAAGGUCCAAAAGAUGCUAAUGAAGCUUUAUUAUCUUGUUCUCAUGAAGGAAUGAAGCAGUUUAUUGCAGAUGCCAAGCCUCUUGCUGAAGAAAAUAUUACAACAUUUAGAGAGCUCCGUCAAGAAGUUUAUCAGAAAAUUAUCAAGCACAAAGAAGAAACCGGGAUUAUGAGCAAUUCUUUUAAGUGGUUUAAUGAAAAAACAAAGGGCUUUAGAAGAGGAGAGUUAUCAAUUUUAACUGGAGGCACAGGUUCAGGGAAAACUACAUUGUUGUCUCAAUUAUCGCUGGAUUUUUGCGAACAAAACAUUCCAACACUAUGGGGGAGUUUUGAAAUAAAAAAUGAUAUUUUGCUGAAAAAAUUGCUGCUGCAGUAUGCGAAAUGUGAUUUAAUAGCCCAGCCAGAGCUUUUUAAUGAAUAUGCUGAUAAGUUUCAAGAGCUGCCAUUAUUUUUGCUAAAAUUCUUUGGUUCUACUGAUGUGGAUAAAAUUUUGGACACUAUGGAUUUUGCGGUGUAUGCUUAUGAUAUAGGGCAUAUUGUGAUAGAUAACCUUCAGUUCAUGCUUAGUGGUCAAGCUCAAGGGUCUAAUAAAUUUGAUCUCCAAGAUAAUGUAAUUGCAAGAUUUCGUGCAUUCGCAACUGAUAAAAAUGUCCAUAUAACCACUGUUAUCCAUCCUAAAAAAGUUGAUGAUGACUCUGACUUAAGUGUCUCUAGCGUAUUUGGGUCUGCAAAAGCUACACAAGAAGCUGAUAAUAUUUUUAUUAUACAAAAUAGGCAUAAGUAUAGAUUAAUUGAUGUCAGGAAAAACAGAUUUGAUGGUGAAGUAGGAAGGUCUGGCUUAGGAUUUAAUAAGGCAACUUCUACGUUUUUUGAGUUGACAAAUCAAGAAAUUUCAGAGCUGAGAAAUAAUGCAGAGAUCACUAUUAACGAUAUUAUUAAAUUAAGAGGUCAACAACAAUAA